AGACUCACUUCGGGAGGGUGCAGUGAACUCGGGUCAUUAGUCGUCGAGAGAGAAGAGAGGAGAAGAGCAAAGAAGAGAGAGAGAGAGAGAGAGAGAGAGAGAGAGAGAGCCAUGCACUCCUUUCGAAGACUGGUGUUACUUUUAAUAAUAGCUGUGUUGCACCAGCCAGCCACAGAGCAACAGAUCAUAUCAUUUACUGGUCCGGCCGGCAAGUCAUGCGUGACAUCUAGCGGCUUCCUCGGAAACUGCGUCUCAGCUAGAAAUUGCAAUGUAGAUGGCGCCACCGCUGACGGAUGCCCGCGCUUUACGGUUUGCUGCCUUCGUGUGAGCGGCACCUCCGAUGUGACAACAUCGAGACCGACAACUCGGCCGGUCGUGAUCCGUCCGCCGCCGGUCCAGCACCGCCUCUGCACCUAUCGAGUGCCCGUGACGCCAUCGGCACCCAGUGUGGGACUGUUGGCCAAGGCCGGCCGCAUCAAACGAAGCCCUCAGAGGUCGCCUUUCAGUGACCUCCCUUUACGGCAACAAGCUCAGCUCGGUCGCAAAACCACUCAGAAACAGCCAAAAAAUCAGGCGAACAAACCCCGUCCCUUUUCUCCUCCCCUCUCUCCGCUCCAGCUCAAGCAAAACCCUACACCCAAGCUUCCCAAAACGCGGUCGGCUCGGCUCGGCCUCGGCUUUCUAACCCGGCUUCCCAUCAUAAAGCCAGUAACACAGUUUAUAGCUACGAAAGUGUUGCGAAGAAGUAAAUCAAAACUUGAGAUUGAGUCUACUACUGUGCUUUUCACCAACGGAGUUCCUAUAAAGGGCCCCGGGAGUCAGGGCGCUGGCAUCAUCCGUCCUGGGCCGAGACCCCUUUCAGUCGGUUCAGUCAACGUGAACGACGUCCUUUCCAAGAUCACGCAGAGUCCGAAGCGUCCCGUGGCUCCUCCCAGCAAGCCUGUAGCUACCAACCGACCCGUAGUUACACACCAACACAUUGUGUUCCCCAGCCGACCCCCGCCAGUCCAGUACCGGACCUUCAUAGCUCCCUGCUAACUGAGCAGGGUGGUAGUGUAUCCUGGGAUGGUAGCGCCGCGUUCACUUAUUGUCCGCAAUAUACCUACAUACGACUCAUGCUUAUGCACAUCGUGAUGUACCACGAUGUCACGACUAUGCAUAGCACUGUGUGCUCGGCUAGAUCUUAUUAAGCUACCCGUAGCAGUAGCCAGUACACGAACCGAGAAACUCGUUUGAAAUUCAGCUACACUUUUUGAGCUGUGUGCCUCUCGACUCAUUCAUGUUAUGAGACGUCGUGACGGGCUCGGUCUGUAAAUACUUACGUUCGGCGUAAGUUAGUGUGUUUGUCUGUGUGACUGUAGAUUGUAGAACACUAGCAUCUUGCUUUUGUUGUAUAUCGCAUGUGUCAUGCUGGGAUAAUAAAAAGAGUGCUGGAUACAA